CUGAGGGCCAAGAAUCCUCUCCUCCACCAAAUGUUAGGGUUAAGCGCACGACUGAUGCCCAAGAAAUCACUUUUAAGAACGGAUAUACUUUAUGAGGUGCGCACCUUUGAGCAGAGGCCCUCCAGGGCUACCUCCCGGGGAAGGCCCCGGCAGCUCUCUCCUCAGCAGAGGCUACUUCAGGUCUGAAGUCCAGCCCAGACCUCCAGAGGGGACCUCUCCACUGCGGGGGCCUGAUAAAGUGGAACAGCUGCAGCUCAAAAUUCUCCUUCAUUUCCCUUUCCUCCGCCCACUGCCCCGGCCGGGCUUGGUGCAAGGAGGGGGCGGCGCCCCUCGGCUCGGCCCGGUCGGGCCCGCGCUGCGCGGUCUGAGCGCGUGGGGAGGGGCCCGAGCCGCGCAGGGCCGGGCUGCGGUUCGCGAUUGGAAUGUGCCCGGGGUGGGGGCGCUUCCUGGCGGGAUGAAGGGGCUCCCUGCUGGCCUACUUCCCGUCCUCGCCGCCCUCCUGGGGCUCUUCUGGAGGCGCCAGGCUUUUGGAGCAUCUUUUUUUGGUGAAAGCUUUGUGGAACUGAACGGCAUAGAAACUUCUCUGGACUUAUCCCUUCACUUAAAAUUUCAGACCAGUAAACCACAUGGAUUACUUUUUCUAGCAGCUGGAAAAGAUGAUUAUUGUGCAGUGGAACUCAUUUCAGGAAACCUACAGGUGAGAAUGAAUUUUGGUGCAGGUGAAUUAAUGCUACAUUCUCAACAAAAAUCAUACCUGGAUGACUUGGCUUGGCACGUGGUUGAAGUACAUUAUGCCGGUGAUACUGUUACUUUAAUUGUUGACAAACUCCAUAGGACCAGUGGUAUAAUAUCAGGGAAGAUACAUGGAUUGACUGUUCAACAAGGAAUAUAUGUUGGAGGGAGCAGCGGUCUUGAUGUUCCUUACUUGGAAGAAGGACACGCUAAUUUCCGAGGAUGUAUGGAGGAUGUGAUAUUUAACCAGCAUGAGAUUCUUAACAACCUUCGGUCCUACCCUGGAUUUAAGAAAGUUCAUGAAGUCUCAUUGGGAUGUAGUGAUGAAUUCUUUGCAGGUGAAAAUGAAGCUAUCAAUUUCUUUAGCUCCAAAUCUUAUGUGGCUUUCCCUGGGUGUAAUAUCAAGGGAGAAGGACUCUGGGAGUUCACUUUUCAGACUGGAACUGACCAGGGUUUGCUUCUUUAUCAGUCUGGAAGAUCAGGGGACUUUGUUGCUCUGGAAAUAGAAGCCGGAGUCAUUCAGGUACAUGUUGGAAGGAAUCAAACUAAAACGAAGCUUCCUUCCCUUAGCUUAAUCAGCAGCAAUGAGUGGCACUUUGUUCAGUUGCACUUCACUAAGAGGCAUUUCAGCUUGUUGGUUGAUGAAGAAAGAGUGAAAGUGUCCCUGCCUCUGGACAGCAGGGCAUUUGAAUGUAAAGGUCCGCUCUUUGUGGGGGGUGUUGAUAAUAACGUCAGGGCAGAAAUUAAGAAGUUAGAAUUUGCCUCUCUUUCUAGGAAGUCGGCCAGAGGCGGCUCCUUUAAAGGCUGCUUAAGAGGCUUGAAGGUUAACUUGGAAAAACUAUCACUAAAGAAUGCCCUUGUUUCCAAAGAUAUUUCAGCUGGAUGUAAUACUAAAAACAGUGAUGUUUCAAGAAUUCCCGUCACAACGACUGAAAAAAUGGCACUUUGGACAAGAGCUCCCUCUCCUAGCAGUUUUCCUGAAAGCUUCAAAUCUCUUCAAGAGGACAGCAGCAAUUUCUUGGUUUUAAAGAACUUGAUAGUACAGGAAGGUGGACGUGCUCCAAUUGAAAGUAAACAUAUUAGGAUGAAUUUGAAAUUUAAAGAAUUAGAAAUUCAUCAUUCCCAAGUUCUGUUUCAAAUUAAGGAAAAACCUAUCCAUGGAGAUUUAAGAUUAAAUGUUGCCCCUGAAUCCCAGGUAAAGGCAACUUUUACAAUGUUAGAUUUGUGGCAAGAAAGGGUUUUGUACAUCCAUGAUGGCUCUGAGAACACCAGAGAUCACUUUGUAUUCUCUGUCUCUGUCAGCAAAGAGAAGGAAAUUCCUUUCCAUUUUCAAAUAAAUGAUCAGUAUGUGUUUAAUAUUACUAUCUCUCCAGUAAAUGACCCCCCAGAGCUUUUCCUUCCAGAAGGAAAUUUGCUGCUUCUGUUGGAGAACUCCAAGAAACAACUGAUGUCUAAUAUGAUAGAAGUGUUGGAUCCAGAUACCAACCCACUGGACCUGACUUUUUCAGUACUUGGAAACUUCAAUGUUGACACUGGUUAUUUAGAAAACUCUCAGCAUCCUGGAAAAAUAAUUAAUACAUUUACAAAUGAGGAUUUACAACAUGGAAGAAUUUUCUAUGUGCAUCAUGGGCUCCAGAACUCUCGUAUUGUUCUGCGAGUAAGCGAUGGGGAAUUGGUUAGUAAUACAAUUGUAUUACGUGUCAAAACCAUCCCUUGGGAUUAUGAAGUAGUAAAUAACACUGGUGUGGCUGUUCAACAGGGCAACAUGGUUCUGAUUACCCGGAGCAACUUGUCAGUACAGAUUAAUGCUGAGGAGCAGGGGAUAGAGAUACGCUAUGACAUUAUCCAACCUCCUCUUUUUGGUCAGAUUCAAAGACGAAGUUCCAGUGGGGAAUGGAAGUUUGUCAACACUUUUUCUCAACGUUCCAUUGAUCGAGAUCGGGUAAGAUACUGCAGUACAUUUAAAGAAUCACAACUGGAAAAUGUCACUGAUCGAUUUACAUUUAAAAUUAGCAUUGAAAAUAAAGUCAGCAAAGAACUGAUGUUUCCCAUAGCCAUACAGUGGCUGAAGUAUAAAUUAGUGAAAAAUAGUCCCCUAGAUAUUGAUACAAUGGAUAAAAAAAUAUUGACUUCAGAUUACUUAAUGGUUAGGAUGGAGAAUAUGAAGUUACUUGAUAAUGAUCUUCAUUUUAAAUUACUCUCCCUGCCUAAGAAAGGAAAAUUGCUGCUUGGUAGCAACAUUUUGAAAUUAAACUCCACCUUCACCCAAAAAAAUAUUUUAGAUCUUGAAGUUGCUUACAAACUACUUGAGAAGUCACAGGAAAACACACAAGAUUCAUUCAAAUUUUUUAUUUUUACUAAUUAUGUCGAAUCAAAAGUUUAUAUCUUCACAAUAAAUAUCAGAGCAGAUCAUGUUAUUUUAACUAACAAAGGAUUUUCUGUAACUGAAGGGGAAGGGAAGUUAAUCACUAAAACAGAAUUAUUCGUGCAAGCUUUGGGGAACCAGAUUUUCCAUUAUAAAAUCACCAAGACCCCUCAACAUGGGAAGCUGAAACUUAUUAAUUUUUCAGAUUCACUAGAAAGUAAUGAUAACAUUACUAAUUUCACCAAUCAGGAUAUUAUUGAUGAACGUUUGAUGUAUGUCCAUGAUGACUCUGAAACUGUGUAUGAUGAAUUCAUUGUUAUGGCAUCUGCCAAAGAGCCAGGAGAUGAGGAAACCAGGUUAGGUCUCGAAAUCAAAGUAAAUAUUUCUGUGAAACUGAAGAAUGAUGAGAAGCCUGUGCGUGUGGUGGAUAAAGUAUUUCAUGUGGUAAGAAAUGGUCAGCGCUUAUUGACCUUGAUGGAUCUUUGUUACCAUGAUCCUGAUUCAGAUUUUAAUGAUAGACAGUUGCUGUAUACCAGGCGAGGUAUUCCAAAUGGGGAUCUGGUAGUAGCUAGUGAUCCCAGUCAAAAGCUCUACCAGUUCAAACAAGAAGACUUAGAGGAGGGACGAGUGCUCUUCAGGCACCAUGGAGCAGAACGUGCCCGAUUUGUGCUGUUUGUCACAGAUGGCACUCACUACACGUUCUCCCUUCUGGAGGUCAGUGCUUCAGAUCCCUACCUGCAGAUAGCCAACAAUACAGGAUUGCUUGUGCUAAAAGGAAGAGAAAAUACGCUCACCACUGCUAACCUUAGUGUUAGCACAAAUCAGGAUGUUAGAAGCGACGCGGAGAUCAAGUAUGAGAUCUUUUUGCUUCCACAGCAUGGCAGAGUCUUGGUGAAAAACAGGCCAUCAACUUCAUUUUCCCAACACGACUUGAAGCAAGGGCAUGUGAUUUAUAAGCAUUAUAACAACAGCGUUCUUGCUGAUAGGUUCAAUUUGACUGCAAAAGUUAAAGACACACACCUGGAUGUGGGGAUUCAUAUCCAGGUGUACUUGGAAAGCCACCAGCAUCCCCCCAAAGUUGUUCACAGCAAGAGCCUUCUAGUUGAAGAAGGCAAAUCAGUGGAACUCAGCAGAGGAAACCUUCAGGUUGUACAUGAAAAUAAUUCUCCAUCAGAGCUAGUGUUCAUCGUUAAGAAUCCUCCAGUCCAUGGACAGCUCCAAAAAUUUGUCCCGGAAGAUAAUUUGGAUGCUGCUGAGAAUUCUCCUUCAUCCUUUACACAGCAGGAUAUUGAUGAUGGUCACAUCCAUUAUGAGCAGACAGCUUCUGACCAAGAGCAAGAUCGCUUUUUGCUGGAUGUUACGAAUGGUAUCCAAGCCGUCAGUGGAGUAGAAAUCUUGGUGGAGAUCCUCCCUAGGUUGAUUCCUUUGGUCAUACAGAACUUCACAGUACUAGAAGGUGGCUCUAGAGCCCUUCUGGAGGAUUUCCUUAAAAUUCCAAAUCACUAUUUUGUGGGAGUUGACUGUGAAUUUGUCCUAGUUGAAUCACCAAAGCAUGGUUAUAUUGAAAAUUCUCAUUUUCCAAAAAUAAAACUAAUGAAAUUUACCAGAAAGCAGGUGAAAAAAGAAUUAAUUUAUUAUGUUCAUGAUGGGAGUGAAGAAUUAUUUGACAGUUUUACAGUCCUUGUGAAUAAUACAGAACUUGGGAAACAGAGUUUGCCCCAAACUCUCUUUGUGAAGGUUCAGUCAGUGAAUGAUGAGGCUCCAGUCAUAAUAGCAAAUAACAUAUUGCGGGUCUGGGUGAAUUCUGUUACUGAAAUAACCCAAAAUGAUCUCUGUGCAGAAGAUAUUGAUUCCUUACCUGGGGAACUGUUCUACUCCAUCACCCUUCCGAGCAAUGGUCACUUGGCUCUGAAAUCUUUUCCAAAUGAAAGCAUCCUAAAUUUCACCCAAGCUCACAUCAAUGAAGGCCACCUAGUGUUUGUACACACCGGAGCAAUGUCUGGUGGCUUUAGCUUUCAGGUCACUGAUGGUUUGAACUUUGCACCCCGACAGAUUUUUAGCAUCACAGCUCAGGCUCUGGUUCUUACUCUGGAAACAAACAAAGGACUGGGAGUCUUUCCAGGCUCCACCAAACCCAUUACAUCUCAUGUCCUGAAAGCUGUGACCAAUGAUGGGGUCGGUGUGGGAAACCGAACAGUCACUUUCACAGUUCUGAGCCCCCCAAAACUUGGGAGGCUCGUUAGACUGGACAGUGACACACGGGAUGUUUCUGCAUUUACACAACAGGCGGUUAAUGAAGGCCUGAUAUUAUACAAGCAUAUGAACAGUGAAAUUCAAGUCUGGAAUGCAGAAGACUCUUUUACGUUCACAGUGUCCUCACCUCCAACUAUUUUAGAACCCCAGGUGUUUCCUAUUAUAAUCUCAUAUGAUAUUAAUGAGCCUGGCCAGCACAGUCACCUGCUUGCAAACACAGGAGCUGUUGUCCAGGAAGGAAGGAAUGUCUUAAUUGAUAGAUCUAAGUUAGAUGCAUCGAAUCUCCUCGUUAAAUUACCUGAAUCUCAGCGAGCUACAUAUGAAGUCUGGUACCAGGUUACAUCUCUUCCCCACCAUGGUACAAUUGUAGUUGGAGAGAGGAAUAUUACCAAAGAAAAACCCUAUUUCUCACAGUACAUAAUUAAUAAAUAUGGCAUCACUUAUCAGCAUGAUGACUCUGAAUCCCUAGCUGAUAAUUUUACUUUCUCAGUUUGGUUGAAUCAGAAGAGUAAAUCUGCCACAAAACCAGAGGCCAACUUUCUCGAAGAGGUAUUUAAUAUCACGGUCUCUCCUGUGAAUGACCAAGCACCCAAGUUGAAGACAAAAGGACCUUCUCUGAAAGUGCUUCAGGGCAAUAUGUUCAGAUUGGGACCAGACAAUCUGAAAGUGGAAGAUUUGGACAACUCCCCAGAAGAGAUCGGAUACACAAUCAUCAGCAGCCCUACCAAUGGCUUUUUAGCAAGAGCUCCCUAUCUAGACUUCCCCAUUCAUCAAUUUACCCAGGCAGACAUUGACAGUGGCCAGGUGUGGUUCGUGCAAGAUGGAAGUCCAGUGUCUGGGGUGUUUUACUUUAGUGUAACAGAUGGCAAACACCGUCCACUAUAUAAACUCUUCCACCUAGAGGUUAUACCUAUCUCUGUCACCCUUGUGAAUCUGACUGAUCUGCUCCUUCCCCAAGGCCAGACCUCUAUCUCCCUCACUAAUGUACAUCUGUCAGCCAUGACCAACGGGAAAAGUACCGAGAUUAUUUACAAACUAAUCCAGCCCCUCCAGCACGGCUACCUGGUCAUGGAAAAUGAGCAGGUCACUCACUUCAAACAGGAAGAUUUAUUUUCUGGAAAACUGUCUUACCACAUGACAAAUCUCACCGCCUCCCAGGACGAGUUGCAGUUCAUGUUGUUUACAACUGAGAAUAAUCUGACAGACCAGACCCUCCACAUCCGAGUGCAGCCUUUGCUGCGAGUCUCAUCUAGCCUGGAGAUUCCCAAUAGGAUGAUUUAUCAGUUGAGACGGAAGGACCUGGAUGCUACUGAACUUGCUCAUUUAACAAAGAGUGUUCCCACAUUUGAAGUCACUGAGCCACCUGUCCACGGCAGACUUAUAAAAAGAGUCAGUCGCCAUGCUGAGCCAGAAGGGAUUGAUCUCUUUACCCAAAUGGACAUUGACCAAGGCAUGUUGAUGCUCGAUCCCCAUGCUAACAUGACUGGUGUGGAUGUGAUUAAUGAUUCUUUCACCUUCACGCUCAAGGCAGACCACGUGCAGCCAGCUGUAGGCUACUUUCCCUAUACUAUUGUUAUGUCCAAUCCCUUGUUUGUACAAAAUGUUACUGCAGAAGUACCAUUGUCGGAUGCCCUGAGGACAUCUCCAGAUUCCCAAGAGAAGUCUGUGAUUUCCAAAGGACACACAGCACAGACUGAAGGCCCCAGGAAGACAAGGAGAUUGGAUUCAGAUCUCUGGAGAAAUCAGCAAGGAGGAGACCUGGCAGCUCCUGUAACCCAGUUUGCCUGGCCAAAGAUCUCUACUGAAACCGGCUCAAGGACAGCCAGAGCUCAGCCCAGAGAAAGCAGCAAUCCCCUCAUGGUCAUCUUACCCCUUGCUGUUGCCACCUUUCUGUUAAUAGUGGCUGUGAUGUCACUCUGUAUCUGCCUGAUGUGCCGCAAGGUAAAAAAAGCUAGCCCCUCUGUCAACUCUCAGACUAGUCCGGAGCCCAGGACUCCCACCCUGAGUCCAGAGAGGAGUCUGACCAUCCCCUCGGUCACAGUGACACCCCUUUUAAGAAGCUCCAGCAGCCCAGCACUUAGCCCUUCUCUGGCCCCAACAUGUCAGCAAUUGCUUGCCCCAGGGGCUAAGCCAGUGGAAAAAAUCUCUCUCUGGGAUGCCUGGAGGAAUCUGGAUCCAGAAAUGGUCCAGCACUGCCGAAAGACCAACCCAAUGCUCAGGCGCAAUCAGUAUUGGGUCUAGACAGGCAUGAAAAUUUGCAAAGUGGUGUGAGUUCCCAUCAUCUGCAAAAAAAAUCUGUGGUAGCGUCCUUAGCUAGUUUUUAAUGUUAUUUAUUUUUGUGUAUCUUCUAUAAGAGGUUCUGUGUUCCUGAAAAGGAAGAUGGAGCUUAUUCACAGUGUAUUUUCUUUGAAACAGAAAAGUCUAUUUGUAUAAACCCCUUACUAAAGAAUUCUUUUGUAACUCUUUUGCAACUUCUCCAUCUGAAUUUUUCAAUACUGGUGAAAGUGAUUAAAUAUUUUUCUUCCAAGCAACUCUUCUCUCAAAUCAAUUCAUUUGUCUGUUUGGAAGCUGUAAGAAAAUGCAAGAAAACUAUGAUGUUUUGGGGUUUUUUCUAAAUGGAUUCACUCCCAAUGAAUCAGUUGGAAAUACAAGGACCUUUUCAGUAAGCAGGAGAAUCUGUUGAAACAUUGAACCUGUUUCUAUGUUGUUUAUUUUAAAAUUUGCUUUGUUUCUUUCAACCUUGAGCUACAACUUUUAGACAGACUUUGUUCAUUUCUUAAUGCAAUAAAUGUCUCUAUUAUCAUCCAUAGUUUGGGAGAGAAGGCCAGCAGGACUGGCUACCCAUUUGGGACAUUUUCUACAGACUUUAUGUACACAUCUAGAAAUAUCUGCUAGUUUCUAUUACAAACCAAGACUUUAUAGCACACUUCACUUUAAAAGUUAAACAAAAUCACAAAGUUAAAACAAAAUUGAGACUUUUUGUGGAUUGAUUUCACAAGUUAACACUGCAUUACCUGUGCCUUUGACUAUGUGAAAUGUUUUGUAUUGCCAACAUUAUUAUUUAAGUGGUCUGGUAGAGGGAAGAAAUAUUCUAUUUCAGACUCUCUAAGCCUCAGUUUCUCCCAAAGUAAAAUGAGAAUAACAACAUGUAGGCCAGAAAUUUUUCCUUUGAGCUUUUAGAUCUGAGGCUUGUUGAAUGUAUCAGUUUUAUAUUUUGAUCUGUUUUGUAUAAACUAGUGAAAAGUUCCCUCCCUUUGUAUACACUGUGAAAGAUGAAUAAACUUGCUAUUG